GGUGGCGAGCGAUCGACGGGGCGAUCGACCAGGGCAGGGAGCCGCAUCGAUCACCCGUCCGUCUCCCUCGCCAUCACCACCGCGCGCGCGCGCGCCUGCCACCCUCUUCUCCCCGGCCUUCGAUCGCCUUCCUCUCAUUGGCGGGUUGCAGGGCGCGCUGCAGCUCUCUGCGUUCCCCUCGUCGGGAACCUGAGCUCAUCAUUCCCACUAGGAUCAGACAUAAUCCAUUUAGUUCCAGCUCCUGACAAUUUUCUUCGGUUGAUCCGGCCGGCUGGGCAAUGCGCGGGAGAUAAACCAGCUCCGACAUCGCCUGCACGUCUCUCUCCUCCCUCCCUCUUGUCCGAGCCGGGAGGGGAGGGGAGAAGAAGGGGUUGAACAUCGAUUAAGCUGGCGGCGGCGGCGGCGGAAACGACCAUGUCGAAGAGCGGCAGCGAAGGGCUGAAGAAGGGCCCGUGGACGCCGGCGGAGGACAGGCUGCUGGUGGACCACGUGCGGCGGCACGGCGAGGGCAGCUGGAACGCGGUGCGGCGGGAGACGGGGCUGCAGCGCUGCGGCAAGAGCUGCCGGCUCCGGUGGGCUAACCACCUCCGCCCCAACCUCCGCAAGGGCCCUUUCACCCCCGACGAGGAGCGCCUCAUCCUCCGCCUCCACGGCGUCCUCGGCAACAAGUGGGCACGCAUCUCAGCGCAGCUGCCGGGGAGGACGGACAACGAGGUCAAGAACUACUGGAACACGCGCGUCAAGCGCCGGCUGCGCGCCGGCCAGUCGCUCUACCCGCCGGACAUCGAGCGGGAGAUCGCCAUCCUGCGCGCCCAGAACCCCUUCGCUGACGCCGACGGCAACAUCGCCAACCACGCCAUGCCGCUGGUCUCCGACCCGUUCGCGCUACCGCCGAGGGUGCCAUCGUCCACGUCGGCAUCGGCCACUCACUCGUCGCCGCUCAUAAACCAGAACUACCCGCUCCUCAACCAAAUGCAGGGGAUGCAGCAGGUGCGCCACCACCACCAUCACCCGCAGCCGGUGUUCCAUCCCCACCACCACCAUGGCGGCUUCAGAUCAGCGGGUCUUCCCCCGUUGCCCACCAGAGCGCGCGAGCCCCCUUCCAACCAAAUCGACACGGCGAGCUACAGCGACGGCCUGCUCGAGGCGAUGCUGCUCGGCGACGACGAUCAUCACCUCCUCCCCCGUCCCAACCAAGCCAUGUGCAGGGCGGGCUCCAUGCCCGAACUCAUGUACGGUACCGGCGGCGCUAGCGCGAGCGACAGCGACGUCACCUCGCAGUUCCCUCCUCCCGACGGCAUUCAGCACCCGCAUCAUGACGGGAAAUGGGACUUCCUCUUCGAUGACGUGAAGCCGACGAUGAGGAGGGCGGUGAGCGCGGCGCCGGAGAAUGGGAGCACCGGCAUGCUUGGUGUCACCCCAGUAUCUAUGCCGGGGGAGUGGUUCAGCACCAACGGCGGUUCGCCAGGAUCUGUUGUCACCACCGCCGACGAUGAGUUUGGCCUCGAGAUGCAACAACUGAUUACAUCGUUGCCGUUGUCAACCGACGAGCUUAACUGGAACGCUUGAUUCAAAAAAGAGAGGGGGACUGUUAAAGAUAUAGGAGUUGGUGUUUAUUUGAAAAAUGCCUUCUUUUUGUAUCGAGUCGUAUUGUCGGAUGUUGCGUAUUGAUGCUAUAA